CUAUUAUGAACGUUAUUAAAUUUCUUUAUAAUAUUGCGUACAAUGUACAUAAUGAUUUUUACAGCCCCCUGUAAAGGGGAACAUUAUUCGGAAAUACUCCAGUUAGGAUUAACAUUGGGAUAGUUGAACCUCGAGGUGUUGAAUGUUUGAAACCUACACCAGUUGGAAACGUGAGGUUUCCACAUUCCAAUUGCCGAACUGCGAGCCUCGUCCAAGUUUUAUUUUAACCUAUUUUAAUUUCUUUGUUGAAAUGUCCAAUUUGUUCUUUCAAACUUGCCUCAAGGCGAACCAGAGGCACUUUUCCACUUGCGCUUUGAACCGUUCGAUAUCGAAACUGAUAUCCCUCAUCCACGAGCCUAUAAGGACGAGCCCUAAGGUCUUGAGGAAAAAGGAUUUUCUUCCACUACAGCAGGCGAAAAGGCAGAAAAGGCCCAAGGACGCUGUCGCCGAAUCGCUCAAACUGCCAGGGUUCAAGGCUUGCAGUACACUGUUGAGUGCUCCCAGAUUGUAGGCUUCCAUGGUUCUGCAUUGGAAUGUUGUUGCUUAUUCAACAGCCGAGGAAUACGAUUUAAGCAGUUUAGCUUCAGCACUGAAAAGGCAGGAUCUUUACUAUCUGUGUGAACUUACAAAUGAUGAUAUUCUAUACUCAGGCUUGGGAAACGCGUUGCACGCCAUCGCCAAGUAUAAAGUCUCCAAUGAAAAUCGUCAUAUUUAUUAUUUCCAAGAGGGCACGGUCGUGAUAUGGAAUUGUUCAGAGAUAGAGCAGCAUGCUAUUGUCGAUUUUAUCCGACCGUUUGAGCUCAAAGACUAUGACAAACAUGUAGUCCUCUCAGAAAUAGAAGAAAUGUCAUUCGCGUAUGAAGAAAACAGUGAGAAAACAUUUAUCGAUAAUGGCAUAAUGCACAUAGGCACAAAAAACCGAAGUAAUGAGGAUAUAUCAUCAGAUAGGUAUACCCUAUCAAAUGCAAUGGCGCUUUCAGUGAAAUUGGGCAUUUUGGAGACUCUCUUGAACCAGUAUAUUCAAACAAUCGAGCCAGUCACACAAGAGUUGAGAAAUGGUCUUCCUGUCAGUAUCACACAACGUGGUGUUUUACGAAAGUCUGGAGAACUGUUCGUUUUGAGGCAUUCUGUCAGUUUGUCAAUGGACUUUUUGGAUAUACCUGAUUUCUAUUGGGAUCGGGAAAAUCUCGAAGGGCUGUAUAAUUUGUCAUGUGCUUAUUUCAGUAUCACUAGAAGAACAAAAGUUCUUAAUGAGAAACUUAAUCAUUGUUUAGAACUUAUAACACUAGUUUCAACGCAUCUGAGUGAUAGGCACCAUGUAAGAUUAGAAUGGAUGAUUAUAAUUUUAAUCAUGGUUGAAGUUGGAUUUGAAGUUUUACAUUUUAUGAAAAGCUAAGUAUAUAAAACAAAACAAAAAUCAUGAGUUUUUUAUGUUGUAACGUAAUUUUUCAAUUUUGUGUUUAAUUUUUGAAUGUACCUUUUACAACUGUUCUGACCCAGUUGAUUCUAUUUUUUAUGAGAUUUAGUUACGAAUUUUAGUUGUAUCACAUUUUAAUUUAUAGUUGAAAUGGCCUUAUUUCGUUACCAGUUUGUAUGCCAAAUUCAAACACAUAUGUUAUAUUUUAUUAAUAUGUUGUUGUAAAAAGUUAUGCAUUAAUGAAGUUAUAUUUACUUCAAUUUGUCAUGACUUUGUUGUGUUGUUCCGUACUGAACAUCGCAUUUUUUUCCCCCAAAGAACUGUGAUACGGAUGGAAAAAGAGACUGUAUUGUUAUUUAAAAUAUAAAUUUUUUAUUAGUAAAA